CUGUAGACGCUAAGAUUUUACAAUAUUACCAACGAUAUAAGAAUGAACAUUCUGAAACUUCCGAUAAAGAAAUAAGAUCUUUCAUGUUCAUGAAUUUCAUCUCACAAUAUGUGCCAGAGCAUCCUAAAGAUUCCUAUGAAGACGUAGUAAAAGCAUUUCAAGAAUCAAACG